AUCUGACGGUCGUGACUAUCUUACACAUGCAAACGCUCUUUCUAUGUGUAGCGGCACUGUGACUGCGGUGGCUUUCUAUCUUGUUCUCGAAAGCGAUUAGAUGCUUGCAACGGUUACUGUCGCCCGAGCCUGAGCACUUGCAUGCCCAUUCAAGUCGCGCUUACACAAUUGAGGAAGGCAUCCCAAUGUCACUGUGACUACUAAACAACCUAUAGCCAACCACGCCCCCAGAAGAACGCAAAUGUCCCGGCGCCGAAGUAUACAAAGAAGGCGCAACUCGGGACAAGGAGAUCCACCUCUUGUCCAGUGUAUAUUGAACGUGGAGUGACUUAGGGCUAUGCUAAGUGCCACUGAACGCAUGCAUCCACAGACCGUCAGUCCCUUUUUUUGGCGGUGCAUGCAUUUCAGCUUCUAUCAAUCUACAAACUCACCAUGUCUGCCAUCGAAGCAAAAGCCAAGGCGCGAGAGGAUCAAAUAUCACGGACCUCGGGCCAAGACGCCCUGGACAACGCCAUCGCUGCGGCAGACCUCUACAUCAAAGCCGCCAACUCUGCAAAGUUUGAUGCUGACAAGGUCCGCCUCAAGAAGAAGUGCAAUGAAAUCAUCCUGCUUGCAGAACGGCUCAAGAAAAUUGCCUUGUUGGGAGACAGUGUCAGCCAAGUCGAGAAGCGCCUCAAGGUGCCCUGUAUAGCCCGCCAAAUCCCCACGAGCGAGAAGAUAAUUCUACUUCGCAAUUCCAAGCUUCACGGAAGUACUUUCCCUCCGUGGGAGGCUGAUCCGCAUCCUGACGAGUUUGCUGGAGAUCCCUUCAGUGACACAUCGGAUUUCCCCUUGUCAGAUCGCCAACUAGCCUUCUUCGCUGGGUGGAAACGACCCUCGGACCUCGUCGGGAACGGCCAAGAUGUCGGCACGUGCAAAGUCGAGCCGCGUUUGAUGGAGCCCCAAGACGACUACGAUCUGAUACAAGACGUUACUACCGACUGCUCUGUCGUAGCUAGUCUCUGCGCGAGCAUGAAGAACCUGCGACCCGGCCCUGCCUCGUUACUAUCCGCGUUGAUGUUCCCUACCGAUUCCGAAACGGGCCAGCCCAAGGUGUCUGCAAAUGGUCGAUAUGUAUUCCGCAUGUACUUCAACGGCUGUUUUCGGAAAGUUGUCAUCGAUGACAGGCUGCCGUCCUCGUCCACCUCACGGGCACUAUACGUCGUGGAUCGGCAGAACUCGCGACUCAUUUGGCCUGCACUGCUGGAGAAAGCAUAUCUCAAAGUGCGCGGCGGAUACGACUUCCCCGGUAGCAACUCCGGAACGGAUCUGUGGGUACUUACAGGCUGGGUCCCACAGCAGCUCUUCCUGCAAAGCGACGAGAUCGAAUUUGGCCGCACAUGGUCGCGGGUCAAGAAAGCCUUCGAUUAUGGCGAUGUUGUCGUUACUCUCGGCACAGGCCACUUAUCCAUGGCUGAGGAAGAAACCUUGGGACUGGUCGGCGAGCACGACUACGCCGUUCUAGAUAUGUCUGAGUCCUCGGGCAGCCGGCGGAUGCUCGUCAAAAAUCCAUGGUGUGACGGCCUUGUGUGGAAAGGGGUGGGCUCAUCCGACACUCCGGAGCGCGCCACAGACGACCACCCGAAAAAACUGAAGCCAGGGUCAUUUUGGAUCAGCUUUGAUGACGUGCUACAGAAUUUCGAAUCCCUCUACCUCAAUUGGAACCCAGCCCUCUUCACAGAACGGCAGGACCAUCACUUUACCUGGGAGCUACCCCAGACGAGUAUGGCAGCCUCCUUUGCGUACAAUCCCCAGUACUCGAUGGCGGCGGCAGCCUCGGGCAGCACUUGGAUCUUGCUUAAUCGGCACUUCCAAGAUGACGAACUCGAGAUCGCCAAAAGCCGAUCGACAACCCUCUCGGCAACGUCAAACAAACUGGGCUUUAUGAGCCUUUACAUCUUCGACAACAAGGGCGAGCGCGUACAACUGAGUGACAAAUCCAUCUACCGCGGACCAUUUGUCGAUUCACCACAAACGCUAGCUCCUUUCGAGGCGAAAAGGGGCGUCAAGUACACCAUCGUAGUGGUGCAGCAGGCCCUCCCCUUGCCCAAGUAUUCCUUUACCAUGUCCUUCUUCUCGCGAUGUGCCCUGGACGUGAGGCCUGCUGAGCACAACAUAAAGUCGUACACCGAAAUUCAAGGCAGUUGGACAGGGCGAACCGCAGGCGGCAACGCUGCUUCGCCUACGUAUCUGCAGAACCCACAGUUUGCCAUCACCGUACCCACGCCUGGGCCUCUCUCGAUCCUCCUAUCUACCGAUAAAGAAAAUCUCGCCGUGCACGUCGACCUAGUCUGGGCGGGCGGCAGACGCGUAACAGCUGUUACAGUGCGCGAUCUCGUCUCGACCUCGGGCGAGUACCGCCGCGGAUGCGCGCUGGCCCAAGUCCCGUCCGUCGACGCCGGCACAUACACCGUCGUAUGCUCGACCUUCGAGCCCGGUCAACUCGCCGACUUCACCCUCCGCGUCGGCUCCAUGGUUCCCUGCAAAAUCAGCGUCGUGCCCCCCGACGGCGCCGGCCGUCUGCGCACCCAACUGCCAACGCUCGUCUUCGGCCACAGCGAACAAAAGAAACGCGCCGCCUUGACCUUGAGCCGGUUGACUCGCGCCACCAUCGUGCUCAUGAGGAAGCACACGGCCUCGGCUCCCGGCACACCGCGCAGCCAUCCUACGGUGAGGCUAGGCGUGGAACUCGGGCGUGGGCCUGAUAAGGGCGUCUUGGCUGCGACAGGCGAGGGCGAAUUCAAGGAGGUGGGCAUGGGGUUGCGCACUGCUGAAUUCGAUGUCGAUCCACGCAUGGCGCAGAACCGGGGGCUGUGGAUCGUCGUGGAGCAGAUCGGGUCGGGGCCGUACAUGGCGGCUACCGACGAAGGGCUGAGUAUUGAGGUAUUAAGCGAGACGCCGAUUCAUGUUGGCCCAUGGGAGACAGUGGAUAGUUGAUACUAUGAGGUUUUUAUUUGCAUGAGCUGGAGAAAUAGGGACUGAGACCUUGUGUUGCAUUGAGUAGACCGUAUUAUAUUUGUGGUGGGGGAUUAAGGGGUUCGGCACAGUGGGAAUCACUUCCGGCGAAUGAGUUGAGCACGUAGAGUUUGAUGCAAUUGAACUUGUCAAAAUGAGG